UGAAAAGAACAAGGAAACAAAAUUGUUGCUCUUCGGCUGAUUUUACAUAUCCGGACAACUCUUCGAUUCAAUAUUACAUGCCCAGCCGGUACCCAUGGUUCAGAUGAAAAGGACAGUGUUCAAUUAUUCAUUAAAUCAAAAAAUGUUGAACAGCAAAGAUGAUGCAACUUAUAAGAAGACUUUUUAUCAUUUGGUUUGUAGGACUUCAUCUGGGUGCUGCUACAGUCUUUGCUGCUGUUUUGCACGAUAAGGAGGCAGGACUAAAAUUCUCUGAGAUUUUGAUAAACAAUUUGCUCAAUGAUGUAGUCAAUGUUGCCCAAGAGAAACGAUUACACUCAGGCACAUACAAAGCAAGCGACCUUGCCGCUGUGCAGGCUAUUCGGUCGUUGGAAAAAUCUCUGUUCGAACUAAGCGCCUAUUUUGCAGAGAAUAAAACAGCAUUGGUCAAAAACAAAUAUUUUCAAGGAGCCGCUCUUCAAUUUUCAACAACAAGAUGUGACUCGGUUGUGAGUAAUAGAUUUCCAAGAAACGCAGUGCCUCUCCCAGGUACAUGGAGUACUCAUGGAGACAGUGUUUAUUACGAGGUUGACUGCAGAAGAAAUAGCACAGAUAUUACUACGAAUCAGUAUAGAAGUUUACAUGCAGAAAUUCGUGUGAAGCGGGGUUUAGAUGCGGCAAGAGUUGGUCAGGAUAAUGGCCAUGGACGAAAAGGGAGAGUGCGAAAGUCGAUGAGUGGGCCUAGCUUUUGUGGAAGCAAAGUUGUCUAUGAAGGUCUAUCUGGCAAUAUGACGUCACCUGGGUAUCCUGGAAACUACAGUGCUGGCAUAUCUUGCGUUUGGCACAUUAAGGUGCCAGUUAAGUACGCAGUGGAAGUCACGUUUGACGCGUUCCACCUUGAAAGUGACAAACGCUGUUUAUUCGACAGUGUGGAGUUUUUCGAUGGCUCAAGUACAAACUCCAAAUCGAUAGGAAAGUUUUGUGGAUCAUCGAAACCAAUUGGAGUUCGAUCUUCGCUAAACACACUCACCAUCAAAAUGACCACAGAUAACACCAUCGAAAGUUUUGGUUUUGCUCUCAGUUGGAACUACACAGACCCAAACUUUCCACAUCCUGGCUACAUUGUGAACUCCAACAUCGUUGUGGACCAAGUGGGGCCCCUUCCCUAUGACCUGAACAAAUUCAGUUUAGUUUUCAAGAAGCCUACCACUUGUUCUUUGAAAAGCCAAGAUGUCUACUGCUACUUUCAGUAUGAGUCUUUCAUAAUUAGCCGUAUCAUCGCAACCACAACGUUACCAGCCAUGAAGAUGAAUGGACAACAGGUCGUUGUUAAAUUCGACCAUGUUAUUGAUCUCAAAUACUAUCCUUCUUUGUACGCUGCUAAAAAGUAUUGCGUGACAUGGAAUGACACCAUCUUGUUCACAGGCAGUGGGUCUUGGACACGCAAAGGGGGGAAGAUAUACCGAUCUGAUGACUUCACAACAACUUGUUAUUUUGAGCGGCCUGGAAUUUAUGCCGUUAUUGCCGAACAGCAUUCGAAGAGGAAUUCGAAAUUUUUCGAUUCACUGGUACUUUCUACGCUGGAAUAUUCUUUUCUCUCAUCUGGUUAAUUAUUCUAAUGGGCCAGUGGGCAUUUUCCAGACGAAUUAAUGUUCCCGAAUGGAUAAACUUCAACCAAGCUUUGUCUUUGGUUCUCUUUGUCGGUGUUGUUCUUUGUGGGCUUCAACUAAAUUAUACCAAAAGCAUGUGUUCAUUACUGGCCUUCCUCCUCUAUUAUUUUGGCCUUGGCGUUUUCUUCUGGCAAUUCCUCAAAGCUGCACAGCUCAGUGGAAAGUUUGACGACUUUUUUGCCAGCGGACGCAACAUCUACCUUUUCUACUUCCUCCUUGGAUGGACAUUACCAAUGUUCAUUGCUGGUAUGGCAGCUGGUGCUUUGUUUAUCGAAAGAGAUGCAUCGCAAAGCUGUUGGCAUGCACUUGUUGGUGGCACUGUUUGGGGAUAUACAUCUCCGGCAUAUUUUCUCGUCCUAGCUAAUUUGCUGAUAUUAUACAAAGUUUCAAAGAAAACAAAAAAGAACUUGGAGCGUUUUAAUCAUCCGGAGUUAAGGAAGAGAAUCCUGCGAGAGUUGCUGCAGCUAACCUUGUACAUCCUUACUGCAGUGUCCGGGAUCCUUUCCGUUUUGAAUAAGACAACUUUCUCCCUUCAGUACAUGUUCUGCUUAUCUAUCACCUUAGCGGUGCUGCUGAUGAGUCUUGGCGCAAAACAGCGAAGGCCAGGUUAUAAAAAGAUCCACUACGCCGAGGCGCCUGGAAAAGAUUAUGAAGUGAAGGAAAAGGAAACAGACGAAAAGGAUGAUGUUGAUAAUGUGAAGAAAAAAUCUAAAUUUCCCUUCGCUCCAUCUUUAUCGAUGAAAGCAUAUAAAAAAUGGAAAAGAUUUAAAAAGUAUGACCUUAAACUGGCAAAAUCCUUCCUGGGCCCGUCGAGAACCGAUUCUCCUGAAUACAAAAUGUACAUUGAAAUGGAAGAGCGCAGCGAAAGCAAGGCUUCAGUGCGGACUUCGACAUCCGUUAGAAGUGACUCUGUUCUCAGCACAGAAAAAUAUGUAGAAACAUCGGAUGCUGAAUCCGAACUUCAAAUGUCAUCAGACGAGGAAGACGGAAGGUCGUCACGUGUAUCAAAAGGAAGCAAAAUAGAAGUGAAAGCUGACGUGAACGUAGCCGGGAGCCGAAGGUCGAUAGCGACAGUUGGUUCACAAAACCAAAUGAUAGGGGAUGAUGAUUAUGAUGAAAAUGGUGACACAAAAGAAAUCAUUCAUGAUCCUGAGCAUCAAAAUGAUGGCAAUACAGUAAGCGGCAGCAGGGCAAGCAUUAAUUCUGAAGCACAACUAAACGACCAUGAAACACAAGCUAAUGAUGGCCACCAUGAAACACAACCUAAUGAUGUCCAGGACGAAAGUGCGGACAUGCGGAGUGAAAGUGCAGCAGAGGAAGCAAGAACGCCCUCAGAGCGACCGUUGACCAGAGAAAUGAGUGUAGCUUAUUCUAACAAAGAUGGCGAGUCUGAGGAAGAAAACAGACGGCCCACAGGGGAAGAAUAUCAAGUAGGUUCUCCAGAAAACAUGCCACCUAGCGAAAGUGGCGACUGUGCAGAAGAAGAGGAAGAUUUAAGUGACUUUCCAAAAAUUACAGUCAACGCAUUUGGUGGGACCCCCGAUGAUGAUGUUGGUCCAGGAAUGCACCCUGCUAUCAACAGAUCAGCUUUAUCAAUUCGAGCAAAUGCAGCAAAAGAGGCAGAGGACGAGGCUAUGUCCGUUUGCUCCCUUGAGGAAGAUGAUGAUAACGAAGAACAUAACGAGGAAAAAACUGAACAUGAGCCACAGGGUCUUACAAACGAAGAUAUAUCUACUUCUUAAUAUGCUUCUUAAUAAUAAUCCACUGUAACAUAGGCAAUGAGAGAAGAUUGGGAGGCAAAGGCAAGUCUAGUUGAAAGAGACCAGGGGGAAGUUUGGGAAAAAGCCCAUUUUUAAUAAUAAAUCUGAAAUUAGUUUUGCGCUUUCACCACACACCAAUCCUUUCCCAAUCAAAUCGCUUUAACACUCCUCCUUUCCCUCGUUAGGCCUUAGCUUUAGGCUCUUGAGCCUUUCCCUAGCAUCGCCUACUUAAAAACAAACCCUGUGAUAAUUAGGGAGAGGCUCCUCCCUAUCCCCCUAGCUACCUCAGCAACUAACCAUAACCUGUUUGUUCAUUGAUUCCACUCUGGGCCUUCGGUUUCAGCAUUGUAAGCAAAUAUUUCUGGCAUAACGAUACUGUUUUAGCAUGGUAUAAGUGAAUUUAUUUCCAUUUUUCUCAAUAAUUUAUUUUCAAAAGGCUAUUUAAAGCACAAAUAGUAACUGCAAAUGGAAUUUCUGCAUUAAUUUUGCAAGAAAAAAGUGAAAAAAUUCAAAGGUUAUUGGUAGCAUUAAUAGAAUACUUUUUGCAAUUUCAUUUCCAAGUCGACUACAUGUUUAAAAAUAUGCGAAAAUAGAUUUAAAGUAAUCUACUUCGACAUCUACUCUUUAUUUAAUGAAGAAAUCUAAUUUUAACUAGAAAAGUAUGUAUAGAUAAUUCUGAAAUUCAUUGUACACUAAAAGGAUUCGUACAUCACUGAAAAUCAUAAAAGUCAAUAUGAUCACCUGA